CAAAAAUCGACUUUUAGAAACACUGAUUCUGAUUGGAUUGAUUGUUUGUUCAAUUAUUAUUGUUAAAUUAUGAUCCACCUAACCGGACAGAACUAUAAUUCUCGUGAUAUUGUGCAAAAUAUCUUUUCCCCAUUAAUAGGCGUUUUGUGUAGUCCCUACGCGGAUGAAGUGUGCCACCGUAAUAAUUUGUCCUUCCCAGAAUUGUUGCAGCCUUUUGCAAAACUUCAAAAUGAUGCGCAUUUUCGUGAUAUAUCUGGGACCAGCGUCUCUAUAAGAGGAUUACGUCUAAAUUUUUGUGAUGUAGAUUGGAGGCCCCCACAGACUGUUUUAGCCAGGAAAAUGUUAAAUGAGUCUACAACAGUGUAUAAUGAAAAAACUAAAAUAAUACAUUUGGCUGAUAUUUCCCUGGAGUUGCCUUCCUCAGAGCCAUGGUUUGAGAAUUGGCGUGAAACGUUUUUGACGGUUCAGUAUACCGCGGACCAUGAGUUUACUCGCAAUCUUCUUAGUUGUCUUAUUGUUUUGUCCAGUGGAGAUCCAAAUAUUGUGGAAACAGCGCACAAAUUGUCUCAACGAGUUCAUCAAAUGCAAAGUGUCACUCCUCAAAAACUACCAAAAUGGUUUCAUUCAUCUGAUGUACUCAACAGUUAUGUGGUCUUGCAUGAGGGUACCCAAGGUGAUCUUUCCAAAGCUCAGCAAGGCUAUGAAAUGUUAAAAUCAACAUUUGGAGAUACCAAGUGUUUUCUAAUACAAAUUAAUUCAUUGGAUGCAAAUGUAACUACAACCGAGGUGCCCGACUAUUGGACAUCAUUUCUGAAAAGGCAGCCGAAAACUGGCGAAGGCCAAAGUGGGGGCAGUAUUGGUGACAAAACUCCUCAAGACGGCGUCUCAGCCGUUGCCAUGCCAUCAAUGCAAAUGUCUUUGUUGAGUGAUGCAAUGGCUAAUAAUGAAGCCAGUGAUCUUGCAAGCAUUUUGCAUCCAUUGAGCCCUGUACAGGAGAAUGCAACAGAGGCCAUUAAUUCCAAAUUUUCUGUAAGCAGUGAAAGUAUUGCUUCACAAACCAUUAAUCCAAAUGUAUGGAUAGGCGAUUUUGAUGCUCCCCAUGGCCAAUGUUUAAAUGCCAUGGACGUUGAAAACUUGAGGCAUUUCGUACAAGAUUAUGCCGUACGUGCUUUAAUACCCUAUGUUGAGCAUUUAGUGGGAAUUCUAAAUGAGGCUGUUACCAACAAAAAGGGCGUAAGCAAGUCUUUGUUAAGCGCUACAAAGCGUUGGUUUGUCACCAGUAAACCUGGGGCUGCUGCCAGUAAUCAAAAUGCAGUCAUCUACACCCAUGAAUCUGCAGAGCUUCAAACUCGUAAACUGGGUGAUCUAUACUUUAUGUUUGGGCAUUACAACAUGGCUUUUCAAGCUUAUCACCAGGCUAAAAGAGAUUUUAAUGCAGAUUCCGCAUGGCAAUAUUAUGCAGGUGCAUUAGAAAUGGCAGCGAUAUCCGCAUUUAUGUUGGGUACAGCGAGUCGCAAAACUUAUGACUACAUGGAAGAUGCCAUUAAUUGUUAUCUUAACACCUGCAAAUUACAACAAUUUGCAACACGUGCCACGUUACUUAGUGUUGAAUGUCUGAAGACAGGUAGAUUGUAUGGUGAAGCUGCUAAGCAAUUAAUCCGCAUGAGCAGUGAAGAAUCGGAUUUGCGUUCAGCUUUGUUUUUGGAACAAGCUGCAUAUUGCUUUUUGGCUUGCUCCCCAGCCAUGUAUCGCAAUUACGCAUUCCAAAUAAUACUUUCGGGCAAUCGGUAUUCAAGAGCCGGGCAAAGAAAGCAUGCAUAUCGCUGUUAUGCCCAAGCAUAUCAGGUGUUCCAGCAAAAAGGUUGGAGCUUAGCUGAGGAUCAUAUUCAGUAUACAAUGGCCAAACAGGCCUAUAUGUUGAAAAAGCUAGAAGAGGCCAGUCGUUCAUAUGCUCAUUUGUUGCGGCCGGGUAGUUUGCAAAAUGGCCAGCAACAAUUAAGCUUUUUGAAAGAGUUUAUACAAACUCAAAACGAAUUUAUUAAACGUCAUCCAGAAAUGGGUUUGAUGCCCCAUGCCUUGCCCCAAGUGAUACAAGACUCUAUAAAGGUAUUGACCUUAUCGCCUCCAGCAGUGGUCACAGCCCAAUAUAUACCGGCUACCAAUAUGGACAUUAAUACCGACCUGAGUGAUGAAACAAUUUGGCAUAAACUCGAAGAAAUGCUUGUGACCACUGCCUCGGCCAAUAAGCCACAGGUAUUCAAACCAUCACGUAGUCUAUUUACCAAAGAAAAUCCCACUGUUGAUAAUCCCGUGGCUAUACAAGGAGAACCAAUCGAAUUGUCAGUGACCAUAUGCAAUACAAUCCGAUGUGGCAUCCUAUUAAGUAAUGUUGAACUUUUGUGGCGCUUAAAAUUGGAAAACGACGAGGAACUAACUAACAUGUGUUUGUUUGAGAACGGUGGCGAAAACCCUAACAAUGCUGCCAUUAAAGCUGCUGUAAAAUGUGGCCAGCCCCAAUCAGUACAGCUGGAAGAAAAGGCCUCACAGACUUUAUAUUUUAAAUUGACUCCAAAACUUACUGGCCGUUUUACUGUUGUUGGCAUGGUGGCUAAUGUGGCAUCAGUGGCGGAGCCCCAAGCAACACUUCUAGGGUCUUUACAAUUUGAGACACAAGUUCUGCGACAAACGGGCAAUAAGGCACCUUUGUUUGAUCAGAAACUUAAUAUACGCGUAAUUCCCACUUUGCCCUCUUUGAAUGUUAGUUUUUCUGCCAUACCCUCCGAUCUGAUAGCGGGAGAAAUUGUGCCAGUCACUAUAUCCUUUAGAAAUGACAGCAUAAAGCCCAUAGACGAAAUAUUGUUGGGUUGUGACAGUCCUCGAUGGUUGACACUGCAGGAUAAAGAUACCACUAUACCUCUGUCUCUCUUGAGUUCAAUUAAGGAUUUAUCCAAUGAAAAGCUGGUUAAGGAUAAAGAAAUUCGACAACAGCAUGUUUCUCGCCUAUUCAAAUCGAAAACGGAUGGUGCCUUGAAGGCUCAAGAAGGCAGUGUAAUAACUGCAUGGCUACAGGCUCCCUACGAGAAGGGUGAAUUUACUUUACGCCUACUUUUCUAUUAUGGAUUUUCCCCGGAUGGAAAAAGUGGCAAUUUGAAAUAUCGCCUAGUACGCCACAAUUGGAAAUUCAACAUUCACGAGUGUCUGCAAACCGAAGCGACCUGUGUCCUAAGUAAUGCGACAACAGGAGAAUUGGGCAUGAAUAUUGAUAUACGUAAUGAGAAUAAAAUUCAUCAUGCUGUAAUGUCAGAGCUAUAUGUUAACUCAUUUGCUUUGUAUUGUGAACAAUUCCAAAUAAACAAGGAUAAGCUAUAUUGGAUAAAUCAAAUGGAAAUUUCUACGGGACUUCAAGGAGAUAAUUGUCUAAAACCUUCGAAAAAUGCCAGUUUUCAAUGCCGUCUCACUGAAAGGACAUCUGCCGCAGACAAACCUUUACCCCAGGAGCUGCUUAAGUCUCGACUUUCAUAUAUGAACAUAUAUACGAAGAAACCAGCCAACAACACAGAACCAAAUAUUCCAAAAAUGUCGGAAAUGUAUAGUUUUCUAACAAAACAUGAAACAGUAUUUUUUAACCCCAGCAUAACGACGGAGGAAUUUAAUAAUAUUGUGGCUUCAUAUAAACCGCAUACCACAAUAGCCAUCUGCUGGUCGGCGGCUAUAGUACAAAAUUCACAACAACGUCAGGCCUAUGGUCAACAUUUUAUACAGCUUAAAAACAUUUACGAGAAGAAAGCAUGUCCUUACCAAACCGAUGAAAUUAAACAAUUUAGGCAUGAUCUGGAUAAAGAGCACGAGAAACAAUUCAACAUUCAACAAUUUUGUAGCAAGCCCCCACAAGACAUUUAUGAACUGCUGGAUGCAGAAAGUGGUAAAAAUACAGAACGGUAUAUGCCUUUCGGAGAUGAUGAUGAUGAUUUUUGGGAACCAAACGAAAUGUAUGUGGGUCAACGGUGCUUUUUGGAAGAUGAGAGUUUUCUAGUUGCAAGCAAAGCUUAAAACAAUAUAAUGUUUGACAUACAUAUAUGAAGCUUAUAUAUUCCAUUCUUAAAGAAUAUUAUGUUACGUAUGUAGGAUUGUUAUCAAAAUAAACAAAUAUCAACUAUUUAGCCAAGGAACGCAAUCACCCAAGCGUUUCAAGCAAUAGAAAAACAAAACAGAAUAA